UUGCCGCGUUCUCGAAUUUAAUCAAUACUUCUCUCCAGUCGUGUGUCGAGUCGAGCUUUUUCAAGCAAAUUGGGUAUUGUGGCUAUUACCUUUCAUAUAAUCGUCUUAUUUCUCUUUCAAUAUUAUCAAUAACAUGUCGUCAAUUAAUCGAUAGCAUUGAAAAAAUAGAAAAAAAAAAAGAGAAAGAUGUCUGUGAUCCUUCCUUCAAAUUUUCAAGAAUCAUGAACGACACGCGUCGCGUGUUCGUGUUGAUGAGCAAAUAGGAAGGAAGAAACGUGACAGAUCGUUGCGAGGUGUGCCGGAUUUUGUGGCUAUUCGACACGGAUUAAUUCUCGUUGUUGGAGGAUUGUAUGAAAAUGAAGAGACAGAAUGUUAGAACUUUAUCAUUAGUAGUGUGCACGUUCACGUAUUUAUUAAUUGGUGCCGCGGUGUUUGAUGCGUUGGAAUCGAACACUGAGAGGAAACGGUGGGAGUUUCUUUCGGAGGUUCGUCGGAAUAUGAUGAAGAAAUACAAUAUUACGCAGGAGGAUUAUAGAAUGCUGGAGAUCGUAAUAAUAGAAAACAAGCCACAUAAAGCAGGUCCUCAGUGGAAAUUCGCUGGUGCCUUUUAUUUCGCCACUCUUGUACUCGCUAUGAUAGGUUACGGACACUCGACGCCAGUUACCAUAGGAGGUAAAGCAUUCUGCAUGGCGUACGCCAUGGUGGGCAUUCCUCUGGGUCUGGUAAUGUUCCAAAGUAUCGGUGAACGUUUGAAUAAAUUCGCCUCGGUAGUAAUCAAGCGGGCGAAAACUUAUAUGAGAUGCAAAAAAACAGAAGCAACUGAGAUGAAUCUGAUGCUCGCCACUGGUUUACUUUCGAGCAUAAUUAUCACGACUGGAGCGGCUGUGUUUUCGCGUUAUGAGGGAUGGAGCUACUUUGAUAGCUUUUAUUAUUGUUUCGUUACGCUAACUACCAUUGGUUUUGGCGAUUAUGUCGCAUUACAGAAUGAUCAUGCACUUUCUAAUAAACCUGGAUAUGUGGCCUUAAGCUUAGUUUUUAUCCUAUUUGGCUUGGCCGUCGUUGCUGCCAGUAUAAACUUGCUCGUACUUCGUUUUAUGACAAUGAACACCGGUGAUGUUCGUCGCGAAGACAACGAACUUCAACCGGCUUCUCAUCAUGUUUUAACACUGGAUGGCGAGGUGGUUGCAGUGAAUGGAAAAAUAUUAGCCAGCCAUGUGCCCAUAGUUCAUGAUACAGAUGACUGUGUGAGCGUAUGCUCGUGCACCUGUCUAGGACCACCCAAUACCGAGCUUUUGGACCAAGGUUAUCAAGGGUACAGACCUCCUUCGACCUCAAGCAUUCGCGUAAAACGCGCAUCAGUCUGAUGGAAGGAGUUUCGUCGUCGCAGUUUACGUCGUCGAUUAUCGAGAGCUGAUAGCAGAGAACUACUUGGUAUCGACGUAUAAUAAAUCGACUCAAAAUAGAUGUGAAUACAUGAAAAUGGUCCGUGUCGAUGAAUGGAAUGAAAAUGGAAAUAAUUUUAUAAUUGGAAUUUUAAUGGAAUUUUUGAGAGAUGAUUCAAUUUGGACCGAUAUUUGAAAUUGUGUUCUUUAGGACACAAUUGUGUAUCUUUUGAGGAUAUUUGAGGACUUAUUCACGCUCAGUCAUCAAUUUUUGAAGAGAUUUUAACGAGAAACAGUGAAAUAUGUCUCGAAUACGAAAAAAUAAUUAUUCGGCUCAUGUUGUAAUAUUAUCAUUAGACAUAGAAACGAAGAAGAGGGUGUUUGAUCGUUUGUAAACGAUUUUAUAACGAUUUCGUACAUUUCGUAUCGUACCAUUAAUAUCCGACAAAUUUUGAACCGAAUUCAUAUUGUGUCGUAUUUAUUGGAUAAUUAUAAGAAUGAAGAGAUUAGUCGCAAUGUGAAGAUUAUUAAAAAUUGAAAUUGGAGGAUUGUUUUAUGAUUAAUACUUACCUGAUAAUUAAAUUUUCUAUUAUUAUUUUAUUAUUUUUUAUUAUUGAAUUUUUAUUAAAAUGCUAUGAAAUAACUUUUAUUCAAAAUAUAUUUUCAAAGUGCAAAAUUAUAAAAUUUCUCUUUCAGAUAAAAAUUGUUUAAUUUGUUAUAUUUUUCUUUACAGAUGUUUGAUUAUUGUCGUGUAUAAUAUAAAACAUUUUAAAUAGAAUUCAAUGAAAAAUGUUGUUAAGUUUUAACAUUCUCUCAUAAAAAUUUUAAAUACAAAACAAUCCUCGUAAAAGACAAAAUAAAUUCCGCUUUAUAAAAGGAAAAAAAAGAAUGAAAAACUCGGAUAUUUGUUGAUGAACAAUAUCCAAGCUUCGUAACGUGAUUGUUAAACAUAUAUAUACGACUUGAUGUUUGUAUACUAGUAAACGUAAAUACGAAAGUCAUGAUAAAUCUACGUAAAUUGACAGGAAAGAAGUCGAUAUUUAGAAAGUAGCAUGAUUUUGUAUAAAAGUUACGAUCGUAAAUUAAUCAAUAUUAUUUACAUAUACAUAUUUAUUCAUAUGUUAUUAAUUUAAUAAGAUUGUAAAUUAGAUUGAUUCCUUUACGAUCGAAAUGAUACCAAUUUAUUAUGCUCACAGCGUAAACACGCACCAUAAUGUCGUAUUUUUUAAAACUAAUAUUAGAAUGUAUAUCAAAUGAUAGACAAAAAUAUCCGGGAAGACUGAUAGUUGAAGUUAAAUUAACUAGCUAACCGUUAUUAUUUUUAAUAGAAAAUUUAUCCAGGGGUUCUUUUAACCCUCCAAAAUGUUGAAAAUUAUUAUAUAUUUUUUAUUUAUUUCGUUUCGUUAAUCAUAAAUCUUUAUAUUUCUAAAUUUGAAAAUAUUAAAUUAAUAAAUAUUUAAAUAAUUAAAUUACUGUGUUAUUAAAAUUCGAAUAACUAUAGAAUGGUUCCUAGAUUAGACGAUUAAGAAAUUAUUAUUUCAGAAAGAAUUUUGAAGUUUAUUCCUAUAAUAUUUCAAAAUUAGAUUAUAGAUUCUCAAAUAUUCAUAUAUUUCAAACACAUUUAAUAGAAGAAUAUUCAGAUAAAUAUUUUAAUCCAAUUAAAUUAUUAUAAGAGAAGAAUGCCACCAAGAUGCAGUGAUCAAACUGAUUGGAGGGUUAAAAAAAAAUUUAAAAAUAUUUUCUUUUUAUUGAUUCGAAUUCUCAGUCACCGGUAUACAAAGACUAUAUUAAUUCUCAAAAUUCACGUUUCGUUUUUGUCAAUUAUCGAUAAUCGAGCCGAGCGAUCGACACACGCACAAAAAGCUGUUAUGUUCGUUCAUCAGGAAACCAAGAUGAAAAUCGUUGUUGAAUGGUACAUUGUCACAGUGAUAUGCACAGAAUAAAACGAUAGUGCGCACUCGUUUGUAUACAUGUACCUUAGUUAUAGGCGUUCGUCGAAUUAUAAGGAUUGGGUAUAUUUUUUAUCAUCGACAGUUUUUUAAUAAACAACAGUUCACUAUUUCA